AUGAUGCCAGAGGGGGUAAUAUCUAUCGUGUCUGCAAAUAAUAAUAUUUUAUGGACUCAUAAUAUAUGGUUAGAUCCGUACGAGAAAUACAGUCUUAAAUGGACAGUAAAUGCUGACAAUCAAAGUAUUGACUUUUUAUGUGAAGUUCGCACAACUGGUUGGAUAGGUUUAGGUCUCUCACCUAAUGGUGGGAUGAAAUCAAGUGAUAUUAUUAUUGCAUGGAUUGACGAUAAUACAGGAAUCACACAUUUUCAUGAUCGGUUUGCUUCUGGAGAAUCUGUGCCACAAAUAGAUGAAAGUCAGGACUGGUAUCUCAUAUCAUCCAAACAAAACUCUACACAUACUGUCAUUCAUUUUCAACGACCGCUCAUUACAUGCGAUCACAACAAUGACAGAGACAUUACUCGCGACACAACACGUCUUAUCUAUGCUUACAGUGAUUCAGAUCCACAAUCAGAUACUGACCUAAAAAUGCAUUCAUCACAUCAAAGGGGAUCCAAAAGUGUACUUUUACUAACAGAUCCCUCGACACAAAAAUAUGAACCUAUGGUUCAUGAAUUAAAUAAUAGGAAUAUUCAAAAUCCUUUAAUAAUAAAUGUCAAAAAUAUAACAAUUGAUAAAAAAGAGACAACAUAUUGGUGUAAAAUUGUCAAAUUUUCUACAAUUGAUGGACAUGUCAUCAAAUUUAAACCUUACAUAACAUCGGGUAAUGAGCCGUUUGUUCAUCACAUGUCUAUAUACACAUGUUUUCAUCCAAAUCCUACUCUUUUGGACAAAUUUAUUGAUAAUGAAGGAUCAGACUGUACGGACAGUAAAAGUAUGCCUCAAGACUUUAACCACUGUUUUACUCCACUUCUUAUGUGGGCUGUGGGCGGCGGGACAUAUAAUUUGCCGCCCGAUGUGGGCUUUCCUAUGGGACAGAGCAGUGAUAUCACGUAUUUGAUGCUUAAUAUACAUUACGAUAAUCCCGAUCAAGUUGUUGGACGCCAAGACUCGUCAGGUUUGGAGAUAUAUUUGACACAAAAAUUGCGUAAAUAUGAAGCACACACUUUGAGUUUUGGAUCAGCUCUUGAUAAUCGACUAUUUGUUCCGCCAAAACAAAAACAAUUUCAUAUGUCAGGUCAUUGCCAUACAAAAUGUUUUGAAAAGGUUUUGGAUCCAAAUGGACUUAAAGUGUUUGCUGUUUGGCCACACGCACAUCUUUUGGCCACAAAAGUAAAGGUGCGUCACUUUAGAGGUGAUGAGGAGCUACCGUGGCUUGAGUUUGACUCAAACUAUGACUUCAAUUUGCAAUCUUUUCGGACAUUAGAUCCAAUGGUUAUCAUUAAAAUGGGCGACCAGUUGACUGUCGAGUGUGAGUACGACUCGAGUACUAAAAACAAGACAGUUAUGGGUGGGUACGGUACUAGUGAUGAAAUGUGUGCCGCAUUUCUAUACUAUUAUCCCAAAAUGACUCCGUCUAAGCCCUGUUUCAGUGGACUAACCAAUCAAAACAUUCAAACUUUAGCUGAUAUAUCAUUUGACAGCGACAACAGUGUUAAUGAAAAAAUUGGUUUGAAUUUACAACAAUAUAUAAGUCGUAAACAAGACUGGAAUCAGACACUACUCGACAACUCAUACGAUAUAAUGUUAAAUAUUACUCAACAACUUGAAUGCUUCUGGAUUAAGACAGGCAAUGAAUUUGUCGGAACCAUUGGGUAUCCAAAUAUACAACACGUUUAUAGACCAACAGAAAGGGAGUGUCGUAUUACUAAAAGUGCCGAAACAGAUGACAACUUUACUCAACAUUCCUUUAUUGUCAUUAUGUUUGCCAUCGCAUCUGUAGUGACGGCUAUAAUACUGGCCAUUAUUUUUAGUUACAGACAUCGAGAGGAACCUACAAAUAAUGGACGUAAUAAUACAUUGCUAUAAAUUAUAAUAAAUAUAUAAUUUUAUUACUACU